UGGACAUGAUGUUUUCCUUGGAUUUUAUGUGAAAAUAACAUUCUUGAGAAGUUGGAAUAUUGUAUUUUGUGUAAUUAUUCGAGGUCGUCUUGUUGUGUAUGAUCAGUCGUAAUGGAUGAUCCAUACAAACAUUUCGAGCCACCUCCGGAGGCACCCGUUUUCACGCCAACAGAAGAGGAGUUUGCAGAUCCUUUAGCUUACGUCGAAAAGAUCCAACCCAUUGCAAUUAAAAGUGGAAUCUGCAGAAUAAAGCCACCACCGGAUUGGCAACCACCAUUUGCUGUUGAUGUUGAAAAGUUUAAAUUUGUUCCUAGAAUCCAAAGGUUAAAUGAACUGGAGGCAAACUCAAGAAUAAAACUCCAGUUCCUGGAUACCCUCUACAAGUUUUGGGAUCUCCAGGGCUGCACUUUGAGAAUACCUCAUGUGGAGAGAAAAUUGCUGGAUCUAUGUACUCUUUACAAGUUUGUGGCCGAGGAAGGUGGAAUGGAGGAGGUGUCGAAAGAGAGGAAAUGGUCCAAGAUAGCACAGCGUCUCGGCUUUCCAUCUGGUCGAUGUGUUGGUUCAUCAAUUAGACACCAUUAUGAGAAGAUUCUGUACCCAUUCUAUGUUUUCAAGAAGAGAGGAGGCAAUAAAAACCAGGAUUUCAGUGACUUUGAUUUGAAAACUGACUUUGGAUAUGGGGACUCUGACUUUGAAUGGGAAAGUGAUGAAUACUUAAUUAGGAAACCCGGGUUCGAAAAGAAGAAACCAGUGAAUGAUGACAAAGACUACCAACUACCGCACAGUUCGACGGACGACAAGACUGAAAUUCGUAAAUCAAAGCGCUUGUAUCACGAGGAGCCUCUUGUGGAUUAUUCUGUAAAUUCUGAGCUGAAAAAACUACAGUUUUAUGGAGCUGGCCCAAAGGCUGCAGUGCCACCUAUUAAAGAAGAAAAACCAGAUAUUAAAGACAUUAAGGGUGUUAAAAAUUCACCCAACAAGUCGAAGACUCCUAUUAAAGAAGACAAGAAUUCCACCCUGAAUGGUGCAGAUGGCAUGUCUUCUUCAUGCUCUUUGAUUCCACAGGUUGAUCAGUACUUGUGCCACGUGUGUGAGAGAGGUGACGGAGAGGAAUACAUGUUACUCUGCGACGGAUGUGACGAUGCGUUUCAUACCUACUGUCUACAGCCACCUCUCACUGACGUACCCAAAGGUGACUGGAGAUGUCCAAACUGUGUUGAAAAGCUGUGCAACAAACCAGCAAAUGUAUUUGGAUUUGAACAGUCUCCGAUAGAGUUCAGUCUUCAGAGUUUUGGAGAAAUGGCUGACCGCUUCAAGGCCAAUCACUUCAACAUGCCAGUACAUAGAGUUCCAACAAAUAUGGUGGAAAAGGAGUUUUGGCGUCUUGUUGACUGUAUGGAGGAAGAUGUCUGUGUCCAGUAUGGUGCCGACAUUCACGCUUGUGAAAUGGGAAGCGGUUUUCCAACAAAACCAGAAGAAGUGAUGUGCCCAGAGGAUGAGCAAUACCUGAAAUCUGGUUGGAAUCUGAACAACCUGCCAGUACUUGAAGAGUCUGUGCUCUGUCAUAUUAGUGGUGACAUCUCAGGCAUGAAGAUUCCUUGGUGUUAUGUUGGCAUGUGCUUUUCCUGUUUUUGUUGGCAUACAGAGGAUCACUGGAGCUAUUCCAUCAAUUACUUGCACUGGGGAGAACCAAAGACAUGGUAUGGUGUGCCUGGUGAUUGUGGCGACAAGUUUGAAGAAGCUAUGAAGACGAUGGCACCGGAACUGUUUGAUCAGGACCCCUCUCUGUUGCACCACAUCACCACCAUGAUGAACCCAACGGUUCUCCAUGCCAAAGGUGUUCCAAUAUGUCGUACUGAUCAGCAUGCUGGUGAAUUUGUUAUUACAUUUCCGAGAGCAUACCAUGGUGGAUUCAAUCAAGGAUAUAAUUUUGCUGAGGCUGUCAACUUCUGCCCAGCUGACUGGCUGAAGAUGGGUCGUAAGAGUGUGGAGUACUACAGGACCUCGAAGCGUGAACUGGUAUUUUCUCAUGAGGAGCUCGUUUGCAAGAUGGCUGCUGACCCAGACAACCUGGAUCUCAAAGUUGCAGCAUGCACGUACCAGGAUAUGCUUGCUAUUGUGGAAACUGAGAAAAAACUUAGAAAAACGCUUCUAGACAGAGGUGUUGUGGAAGCGGAGAGAGAAGCAUUUGAGCUGCUACCUGACGAUGAACGUGUGUGUGACUACUGUAAAACAACUUGCUUUCUGUCGGGACUCACUUGUCCUUGUAGUCCAAAUAAGCUUGUAUGCCUGCACCAUGUGGACAAACUCUGUGAGUGCAGCGCGGUGAGACACUGUCUACGUUACCGCUACACACUUGACGAGCUACCAGCUAUGUUAAACCGACUUAAAGCACGAGCCGAGUCAUUUGACAACUGGAAUCUCCAAGUGACAAAUGCCCUGGAGGCUACUGAUGACGACAAGCUUGAUUUGGCCGAGUUAAAAGACCUAGUUAUAGAAGCUGAAAAGAAGAAAUUCCCCAACACAGAGCUGCGGAGAACCUUGAUAAGCUCAGUGACUGAAGCGGAGAAAUGUGCCAAUGUUGCUAACCAGCUGGUCAGCAAGAAAGUUAGAACAAGGAACCGACAGUCUCUGGAAGGAAAGUACAUAGCCAAACUGAAUCUGGAGGAGCUUAACAUCUUCCAUGAGCAGGUGGUUGGUUUGCCGUGUGUUAUACCUGAAGCAAAACUUAUCAAGGAGCUGUUGGUGAAUGUAAUUGAGUUCCAGAAGGAGGCUGAGGAAGCUCUGAUAGCCGAGACUCCCGACUCGGAGCAGUUGGAGAAACUGAUCGAUAUCGGAAUAACACUCGACGUGGACCUGCCAGAAAUCCCAAAAUUAAAACAGGUCCUGCAACAGGCACGAUGGCUGGAUGAAGUGCGGUUGACACUGAAAGACCCACACACAGUUACCCUGGACACAAUGAGGAAACUGAUGGAAUCUGGAGUCAGUCUGGCUCCCCACCCUGCUGUGGAAAAAGCCAUGGCAGAACUACAGGAACUUCUGACUGUCAGCGAGCGCUGGGAGGAGAAAGCACGCAUAUGUCUACAAGCUAGACCAAGACAUGUGAUGACUACACUGGAUGCCAUCAUCACUGAGGCGUGCAAGAUUCCUGCUUACCUGCCAAAUGUGUGCGCACUGAAGGAAGCCAUGCGGAAAGCUGAAGAGUGGACGGCCCGAGUGAUGGCCAUUCAGACUGCUGACUCGUACCCAUACAUUGACAUACUUGAGGCUGUUGUAAACAAAGGUCGGCCAAUUCCAGUGCGUUUGGAUCAGCUUCCUCAGAUUGAAUCUCAGGUUGCUGCCGCCAAGUCGUGGAAAGAGAGAACUGCUCGGACCUUUCUCAAGAAAAACUCUACUUACAAUUUAUUUGAGGUGUUGUCCCCAAGGCAAGACAUUGGGGUUUACAACAGUGGUAAAAACAAGAAAAAGAAACUGAAGGAAGGUGAGAAAGACAAGAAUGACAACAACUGUGUUGAGGUAAAAGAUGAAGAGACCAGGGAUCCCGCCGCCAUAGUUGCAUCUUUCAAGAUAUCAGAGCAGCGUGAAGUGGAGUGUAUGCGAGAGCUGAGGAAGCGGAACCUCGAGAAAAUGCACAGCCCUGAAGGAGAGGCCCGAUUCUGUGUGUGUCGGAAAGGUGCAUCGGGCUUCAUGCUGCAGUGUGAACUCUGCAAAGACUGGUUCCAUGGCACCUGUGUUCCCUUACCAAAAUCGGCAACUAUGAAAAACAAGACAUCUCAGACAGCUGUAAUGCAGGCAACAAAAGACAUGAAAUUUUUGUGCCCACUGUGUUUACGAUCACGGAGGCCACGUUUAGAAACAAUUCUCUCUCUCCUCGUGUCCCUGCAAAAACUGCCAGUCCGUCUGCCGGAAGGGGAAGCACUGCAGUGUCUCACAGAGCGGGCCAUGGCGUGGCAGGACCGAUCGCGGCAGGCUCUGACGGCAUCCGAGGUGGCAUCGGCUUUAGCCAAGCUCAGCGUUCUCAGCCAGAGAAUGGUGGAGCAGGCAGCGCGGGAGAAGACGGAGAAGAUCAUCAACGCGGAACUGUUGAAGGCCGCGAACAAUCCCGAUCUGCAGAGCCACCUUGCCAGUGUUACACAGAGCGCGUUCAGUGGAAUGCCCAACGGCAACACUGUCAAGGAGAGCGACUUGGAAAACUCACAGUCCUCUCUGCCGCCUCUGUCCCCACAGUCAUCGCAGAAUUCAGAUGACAACAUGGACAUUGACGUGAUUCCGUUCAGACAGGCGACGAUGUCUUCAGAACACGCUUAUUCCUCGGUGUCCAGGACUUCUCUCACCGGCUCUCCGAAGAAGCACAACCGGAAGUCUCCGCUCCUUCCCCGACAGACGGAGGCUCCUGUCCUGGAGCUGUCGGACUCGGCCAAGGCUCAGCUGGAGGAGCUGAUGAUGGAAGGAGACCUGCUCGAGGUGUCGCUCGACGAGACGCAGCACCUCUGGAGAAUACUGCAGGCGUGUCAGGCCAGGCACGACGACCGCUUCCUCGAAUUCGAGGAGUCGGAGCAUAUUGGACUAAACCAGGAGCACAUCAUGAAGAUAAAGAAGCUGAAGAUCAAGAAGGAGAAUGAUGAAGACCGACAGAAGAAAAUCAAAACCAAGCGGAAGAAGCUGGAUGAUGACGGCUCUCUGAUCAUCAAACUAAAGAUGACGAAAGGAGACAACGGCUUAGAGAAGUUCAAGAAAAAGAAGAUCAAGAAAUUCAAGUUAAAAGAUGGAUCGGGUAAAGAGAAAGAAAAUAAAGAUAAGAAAAAGGGAGACAAACCCAAAAAGAAAAGACGACCAAAAAUAAAGCUUGAAGAUGGAGCCGAGAAACCUGAGAAGAAGAAGAGAAUAGUGAAGCGAAUAAAGAAAGAAAACAUCAACGGGAUGUUGGUUGAUGAUGAUGAUAACAAUGAUGAAGACUGCUCUGCCACUAAGUGUCUGAAACCUGUUGGUGAGGAGGUGAACUGGGUGCAGUGUGACAAGUGUGAGAAGUGGCUGCACCUCCUGUGUGUCGGCCUCAGCAAGGAGGAGGUGUCUGAAGACAUGGACUACGUCUGCUUCGAGUGCAAGCACGGCAAGCCGCCCAUCCCGCCCGGGCUGCUGGAUGUUCCCGAGAUCAAGCUAGAGCCACAGGACGAUGUCCAGGACGGCUUGAAGCAGCUGAACAAUGUCCAGGACCGUGUGAAGCCGCUGGACGACGACGGGGCUGUCCUCACGAGCGACAUAUCGUUCCUCGACCCCGAGUCGGGCAUCAUCAUCGCGUGUCCGGGCGAGGAGAUCGUCGCGGGCGAGGAACAGUCACGGGAGUCUGGUACGCCUGUCGACAUCUUGACAACUUCCAUGAGCUCUUCACCCAUCGAUGUGAUCAGCGACACUCUGGUAUCGACAGCUGGCGAACUGAAAGCAGAAUCGGGCGAACUGAAAGUGGCAUCCGGCGAACUGAAAGCAACAUCUGGAGAUUUUAAUUUGGAAUCAGGUGAAGUGAAAGUGGCAUCUGGCGAAUUGAAAGCAGCAUCUGGCAAAUUGAAAGCAGCAUCCGAUACUCUGAACCACAGCAUAUCUGAAGUUAGGGUGAAACAGUCGCAGCCAAAUGAAGAACUGCCAGUCUCACGGGAGAGUUCUGAUGAGUCUGAUUCUGAAUCGGAAGAUGAUGAUGAUGAUGAUGAUGAUGACGAGGACGAUGAUGAUGAUGACGAAGAGGAGGAUAAUGAUGAUGAGAUGGAUGUAUCAGAGGAACACACAGUGGACAGUGUCGGCUCGAGGCUACAGGAAGAAAAAUCUGUGAUUAAUAAUGACUUUGAAAAGACCGCGUUACAGUUGGAGGAGACGCCCAACAAGAAAGAUUUGGUGGAUUCGAAAGUCUCUGCUGAUAACAUUGAUGUGAAGGCAGACACCGAAGACAGCAUUGCAGAGGAACAGGCAGAAAAGACACUGGUGCAUGAAGUGUGUUCUGACGUAAAUCUUGACACCAAUGUGAACAAAUCAGCUGAAACCCAUCAGAACUCGGAAGCAGCCGAGAAAAGUGAAUCGUUAACAGACAGAGAGUUGAGUUCAUAUUCUGUGAAGGCAGCCGAUUCUGAAGCAGAACCUGUUGUAAUCUCAACAAAAGAGACGGACUCUGUCAAAACGGUUUCCGACGCGGUUGACGACACUGUGACCUCAACGGAGCCCCUCUCAUCCGUGUUGGCAAGCUCGGACUGUGAAGAAAUGUAGAAUCUCCUUGGGUCGAACUCGGAAGGGUCCAGUACACUGCAAGGCUCGAACCAAAAAUGAUGUUCCGAGUUAAACUUAAGUGAUGUUGACCGAAUGGUUAGGUCAAACUACCCGAUGGGUCGAACACUUUCUCGAGCACCAACGGGGUUCGAGCCAAUGGGAUUCAACUGUGUGAAUACCAGACUUGACUCCAUAUUAUUUCUUUACUCACGUGCAUUUGUUUUAUAUAUACUUCAUAAUGUGUACAGCAUAAAUGUUCACCAUCCCUAGAUGGUAUUAAUUAUUCUGUAGUGUAUUUAGCUUCAGAUUUUAAUACCGAGUAGCAUUUUUGUUGGCUUCAUCGAUAUCAGCAUGCUGUCUAUAUAGAUGUUUCCAUGAAAUUAUUAAUACGGCCAAAGAAAAUAAAUUUCUGGUAUCUGGUCAGCGUGUGUGUCGAUCGUGUAUGAACUAGGACAUGCAUUUGGAUUUCAAUUGAAAUAUUUUCCUUGUUUCGGUAUCAAAUAUAUACACCUUUUCUGUGAAAUCCAUGCUUUUAAAAAAGAAAAGAAAAAUGAAAAGAAAAAGCUGAUUUGUCGCAUCAAUUCUGGAAAUUUGGUCUGAUAGAGACCAACUUUUUUUUAUUUGUUUGGCCUAACUGUAAAAUUGGGGUUUGAGAGAGGAGACAUACAACAAAGUUUCAAAAGUGGUAUUAAUAUAUUUAUCAUCUUGGAGGAGUGGAUCUAAAGAAACAAAAUCACAGAAGCAUUUUGAAAAAUUUGUUAGUUGAUCUUGCCUGAAAGCACAUUAGAUAACGUCUUGAUAGGUUUUUAAAUAGGAUUAAUGCUUGUACUGCAAUUAUCAAGUAAAGCAUAAAAUACAGAUAAUAUUGUUUUAUUUAAUUACCUUUUGCUCCUGAACAUACAUAAUUUUGGAAGAAGCGUUUAAAAACAACAACAAUUGGUUAAAUAAUCUUCGUAAAUAAUUGCUAAUAAAAAUAAGGAUUUCAUGUGUUUAAUUAUAAGUAAACAUGUAUACCUGGGAUAAGUCUAAUAUAUGGCUUGACAUUAAUGUGAAUGGUUUGUAGUUAAAUAUUGUGUUCAUGGUUUUUUUCCCUUAUUUUCAUUGAUUGUAGAAAACUGCAUUUAAGGUACAGUAGAUGUUCAGAAUGAAUGUGACAGUGAGAUAUAGAAUGUUAGUGUGAAUAGUACUACUUUACAAAUAUAUAAUAUAAAUAUAUAUAUAUAUAUACACACAUAUAUCUAAAUACAUGAAUCUUAAACUAAUCGGACAUUCACUAAUUUUCUUUCAGUCAUUUUUCUUUAUACUAAGCAUUUGGACCAAGAUUAAAAUUUGGGUUCGUGUUUUGCGUCUUCUUUUUUUUCUUAAUAAUUGCUAAUUUUAAGUUUUUGUUUUGUACUUGACAUACAAAAUUAUCAUUUGGUUAAGUAUGUACAUGUAUACUUAAUUUUAGGAUUUAUGUUAACAGUAAUUUUCAUUGUUUUGUUUCUUUGUUUCCGUUGGUUGAGCCAAGCAUUGUUUGUAUGUAAGUGCUGUUUGAAACAACCGCAAUAUGCCAGCCAUAUAUUUGGUACAUAUUGUGUGUAAAAAAAAUAAAACAUUCACAAUUGUAA